AAAAAAAAAAAUGGGAAAAAACGUGGGUGGGAGUGAUAUUCCCACAAUUCUCUAAAAAAAAAUUUGGUUUUUAUUUUUCCCUCUCGGUUACGAUUACGAACCCUUUAAGAAAAAUUUGUGGUCAUUCAUAUUCAUCAUCGAAAUCCAAAAUCGGGAAUCGAAAAUGGUUCUUUGGAAGAAAUGGGCUUCGAUAAUCUCCGUCAUCGCCUCUUGUCUGUUCUCGUUCCUCAUCGUCUUCCAGGUUCCUCUUUUCAGAGUGGCGUGUAGGAACAAGAGGUGCGAAACACCAUUAGAGGUUAUCUCCUCCGAGUUGAUUGCGAAUGAGUUGAUUCCUUCAUCUGUUGUCAAGACACUCCUUUAUCCUGGUGCCUUUGCCAAGUCCCUCCUUGCUGGCUCCAAACUCCCCAGCUUUCACCACUUGUUCACCUCUUACGGCUUCGACCACAUGUAUCCAUCCUCCGAUAUUCAUCACCUAGAGGUGUUUGCUGGGAGUUGUUUAUGUCUACUAGGCGCUUUACUCAACCUCUUCAAACCCACUAGGAUUAGCUUCAUCGCUACGCUUUUGAUAUAUUGGGGUCUUCUCAGAGACAUUCUUCUAUUGGACUCUGCUCAUGACUGGCUUAGCGCUCACAGAAACUCUGUUCGUGUCUACCCAACGCUCUUUCUCGCAUCACUUUCUGCAUUCCUCUCCAUGCGAAGCGAUCUCAGGAAGAUCAUCAGAUGUUGCACAUCUAUCCCUUUUUCCCAAUCCACUAAAGGAGACUAGCCUUCUGCGCUUCCCUAACUUAAUAGAGAGAUUCCAAUGCCUAGAAACAACUCGCUUUUCCUUUACACAACAUGAUAUAAACUGUUUAUUUCUGAGGAAAAGCUUUUGUAACUUUGGAUCUCUACAAUCAUUUCUCAUAAUGGAUCUGCAAUUUUUUGUUUCA